AUGAGGCGUUUGAUGGACGUGGAGAGGGCGCUAGCGCUUUUCUUCGAGGAAGAGGAAGCUGAGGGAGACACAGCCGCGUCACAGUAUGAGCCGGAGGAGGACUCCGACGAUGAAGCGGGUGAUCCCUCAUUUCUAUUGGAGGAGGGGGGAGAGGAGGAGGGAGAGGAGGAGGAAGAGGAGGAGAGAAGGGCAGAGGACCCUCUGACGUGUGUGCGUAGUCAGAGAGCCACCCGGAGGACGGGACGGCGCGCCACGCCCACCAGGUCCCGAUCUCGGCUGGCUCAGGCAGCAGAGCCACACAUGAGCUCCGAGCCCUGGAAGACUGGGGAGGAUGCUGACAGAGCUCCAGCAGUGAGUAGGUUUCAGCCUCAGAGACCACCAGGGGUCCAGUUAGAUCCACAUUCCCCCCAGAGUCCAAAAGACCUGUUUCUUCUGUUUUUUGCCAUUGACACAGUCAGAACUAUCUGCAGCAACACAAACAAGAAUGCAGCAAAAAAUAAAGAAUUGGGGAAAAAAAUACAGUUGGACUGACAUAGACAAGGAGGAUCUGCAGAAGUUUUUUGGUCUCCUUAUUUACAUGUCAUUAGUGUCGCUACCAAGUCUCCAUGACUACUGGAGAUAUAAUCACUUUUUGUCUGUGCCCAUGCCAUCCAAAAUCAUGUCCAGAGACAGGUUCAGGUCAAUCUUCUGGAAUAUUCACCUUAGUGAUCCAGAAGAAGAUGAGAAGAAUGACCAAAUUGUUCAGAAUCAGACCUCUCUACAAUGACAUCCUCAAUGUCUGCCAGGCUCAUUACCACCCGAGGAGGGAGAUGUCUGUGUAUGAGAGGAUGGUGGCAACCAAGGCGAAAACUGGCAUGACUCAGUAUAUGAAGGACAAGCCAACUAAAUGGGGCAUAAAAUUAUUUGUCUUGGCUGAGUCAAGCAGUGGCUACACCUGUAGCUUCAGUAUUUAUCAAGGAAAGGCUCAAACUGUAAGUGAGAAUGGGCUGUCCUAUGAUGUGGUCAUGGACCUCAUUCGACCAGCCUAUCUUGGCACAGGGUACCAUAUUUAUAUGGACAAUUAUUACACCAGCCCCAAACUUUUCAUGGACCUGGCCAGGAGGAAGUUUGGAGCAUGUGGCACCUACAGAGAGAGCAGGAAAGGAUGCCCCAGAGGGAGGGAAAAUGCUCUCACAAAAAAAAGUGAAAGAGGAUCAGUAAGAUGGAUUAGAGAGGGCUCCCUGGUUUUUGUGAAGUGGAUGGACACACGGGAGGUGUCUGUGUGCUCCACCAUCCAUCCUGCAUUUUCGGGUGAGACAGUGCAGAGGAGAGUGAAGGAUGGAGAUGGGCACUGGGCUGUGAGAGACAUCCCCAUUCCCACACCAAUCACAGCCCACAAUAAAAACAUGGGUGGAGUUGAUCUGUCUGACCAGCUCAUCCAAUAUUACUCCACCCACAGAAAAACUGCUCGCUGGUACAGGACUGUGUUGCUGCACUUCCUGGACAUCGCUACAACAAAUGCAUACAUCCUGCACCGUGAGAUGUGCAAAACCAAGCAGGUACAGCCCAUGACUCACAAAGACUUCAUGGUGGAGCUGGGGUGUCAGCUUUGUGGCGUGGACAAAACAGGUGUUCCCCAGAGCAGGAGGGCAGAUCAUGUUCCUGCAGGCCAACCGAACAAGGGCAGAAAAAGGUGCCAGCGCUGCCUCCAGGUGGACAACAAGAGGAAUGACACACCAUGGAUGUGUCAGGCCUGUGGUGUGGCCCUCUGUGUGUUGCUGGACAGAAACUGUUUUUUGGAGUGGCACAAGUAA